AUGCGAAAAACAAAAAUUUGUGAAAAUGUAUCUGAUAAAUCAUAUUUAUCAGCUAAAGAUAUGAUGAAAGAAUUACAUAUGGCAGCAGAAGCGAGACAUUUGAAAAAAGAAAAGAUACCGCAAAAAGUUGACAUAAUUAGAGGGUGA